GGUGUCUUUCCCCAUCAACCUUUACUUUUUUCGCACACUUUCCUUACCUCGUUCUUUGUUUUUAUUUUUAAGGCAAAAUCAACUUCUGUUUUCUCUCUCUCUGCGAUUAGGAAAUGGAGGUCUCUUUGUCUCUGACGACAACAAGAGGUUAUUCAGAGUCAUUGCUGCUUCAGAAAAGGGUGAAACUUCCUUUAUGGAAUCGGUGUAUAGUGUCCAUUUCAUCUACCAGAGCAGUUGUCCCACCUUUGUUUGCUCAAACUGGAAUUCCCAUUGGGAAGCCCAACAACGUGAAGGUUUUGUGCAGUCAAAUAAGAGAAAUUCCUGUGGUGGAGGGCAGGUGUAUUGAUGAAAUUCCUGUGGUGGAGGGCAGGUGUAUUGAUGACAUAUACGAUGCUUUAGCCCAGCGGCUUCUUCCUACUGCGGCGGCAAUAGCAUCAAAUCCCAAGUUGAAAUACAUUGUGGGUUUGGCUGGUCCUCCUGGUUCUGGAAAGAGCACUCUAGCAAAUGAAGUAGCACGACGUGUAAACAAAUUAUGGCCCCAGAAAGCUUCAUCACUUGAUUCCCAAGUUAAGCCUCCAGAUGUAGCUAUGGUUCUUCCCAUGGAUGGGUUUCAUCUCCAUCGUUCUCAGCUGGACAAGAUGGAGAAUCCAAAGGAAGCCCAUGCAAGAAGGGGAGCUCCAUGGACAUUUGAUCCAGCACGACUACUUUCAUGUCUCCAGACUUUAAGAAAGCAGGGAUCAGUUUUCGUGCCAUCAUUUGACCAUGGCAUUGGAGAUCCAGUGGAGGAUGACAUCUUUGUGGGCUUUCAGCACAAAGUGAUUAUAGUAGAAGGAAAUUAUAUAUUCAUGGAAGAUGGAGUUUGGAAAGACAUAUCAUCUACAUUUGAUGAGAAGUGGUUCAUUGAGGUUGAUAUUGACACAUCAAUGCGACGAGUCCUAAACAGACAUAUUUCAACAGGAAAGCCCCCAGAUGUUGCUAAAUGGCGGAUAGACUACAAUGACCGGCCUAAUGCAGAGUUUAUAAUCAAGUCUAAGAAGAAUGUAGAUUUAGUAAUCAAAUCGCUUGACUUCUGAAGGUGAAAUCAAGUGGCUCUAUACCUGAAGUAAUUUGUAGAGAUCAGUUUUGCAUCAAGUUAAUGCAAAACAGGGGAAGAUGGAAAGCAUACAAAGUUGAUCAUAUAUUUGUUUUCGUUAUGUAUGUGCAUACAUUGAAUUCAUUAAUGGAAGAAACUGGCCACGUUUCAUCUUUGUUUGAAAAA